AGAUGAAUAUGAUAUCCUGCCUGUUUUGGAGCCCAAGCACAACAAGUGUCCCUUCAUUCUACGAGACCAUAAACUCGGUGUAGAGGCAUGGGCAGUCAAAGUUUUGCUGAAAUAUGCAGCGAAUCGCCUCAUUGGCUGGAGAGGACGCCUUUCCUCUGAGAAGUUUCUAGAUUCUAUUGAACUGUGCAAUUUGAGUCGAGCUGUGCUGCUCUUUAACCCAGACAACUAUACAGCAUGGAAUAUCAGGAAAGAACUGAUAGAGAACAGUUACCUGUCAAUCAGUGAUGACCUGAUGUUGGGAGCUCUUAUCUUGUCAAAACAUCCAAAAAGUCCGGAAACAUUUAUUCACAGGCGGUGGCUGUUCCAGCAGCUCCUGGACCACUGCUUGUCCUCCAGCUCUGGUAGCAACACAUCCUGCUCGGCCGCGGGGGCCUCAACUGACGCUGUAAACAUGGAGGCUAUAGAUGUAGACGUGAGCGCCGCGCCGGAGCCCAGGGACCACCUCAGUGGCGCCUUCUCUCUUGAGUCGAGCCGCCUGCUCAAGUCUCACACCCAGAGAGAGCUGGAGAUUUGUGGUGGCGCGGCGGACCACUACCCCUCCAACUACCACGCCUGGUCGCACCGCAUCUGGGUGGUUCAGCACUGUCUCAACAGUUCUUUGCAGGUUCUUCUGUACGAACUGAAAAUGACUGAAGAUUGGACGAGACAACACAUAUCCGACCACAGUGGCUUUCACUACAGACAGUUUCUUCUGUCGGAGAUUCACAGACAACGAGCCCGCCUCACCAGCAUGCACCAGCUUAGCUCAGCCGAUUUGUAUUCUCAGGAGAUGGCGUAUGUCUGUGAUCUGAUUGAGUCUUUCCCUGGCCAUGAAGCUCUUUGGUGUCAUAGGAGGUGUCUAUUCCAAACUGUCCUGAGGCCCGAGUUCCUAGAAGCAAAUGCCAGUACUUUGUUGCCAUCUCUGAACGGCCAUGUCCCUGCUGCUGAUCCCAUGGACACAGAUGCUACCGUGGUGCUGAGAUCGGCGGCCAUAACUCAGGAGCUGGAGCAUAUUGUCAAGACUGAAGGGAAGAAUUCUCAUAACUACCAAGAAACUCUUGCUGCAAACUAUGGGAAAUGGUUGCAGAAGCUGCUCUGACUUUGUGGCAUUUAGAUCUUUCCUUCUGUGUUGUGUGACUGUGUGUGUCUACACGAUUUAUAGAAUCUCAGGUUCAUCACUUGCUUUUCUAUUGGAAAAAUAGGGAGAGCUGGUGAUGAACAAAUGCUCUGAACAGUUUCUGCAGUGUUUUGUCUCUAUUCCUCUGCUUUUGAUAUCUCUUGUCUUAGUUUUAAGUACAACCUUAGCCGACUGUGCCACUUUUUGCUGCUUUUUGCCAUACUCCUUUAUUUGUCUCUAAUUUCAAGGGACAAUAAAGGGUGUUUCAAAACCAAAUUGCUGCCACAUAAAGUUUUUAUAAAAUUUUAUUCAACGUUGUGAGUUCUUCCCUCUUUUUCUUCUUUGUUCAGUUUUAUACCAUACUUACAGUAUAUAGCAAUGCUUUUUGACACGAUCGUAUUUCUAGAUAUAACUUUAUAGUUUCUUCUACUUUCAUCUAUUCUAUAAAUUUGAUUUGGGGGAAUUUGUUGGGCUUUAUUUUGGAAGUGCAUGUUUCCAUUUGAAGACUGUUCUUUAUCCUGAAUUAAAUUUUGCAUUUACUUUUUAAAACACAUCUGGUGAGUGUUUCCAUAACAGAAAGCAAUGUGGCUAUUGUAAAUGAUAUCCAGAAGCAUGAUUGUUGCUUCUGAGAAUGCAUCGAUAUCUUUUAUGCUCUGUUGGGAGAGUUCAUUCUGCACCUUAUUCCUCUGGUCAAGUCAGUGAAAGAUAUCUUGGUGUGAAAGAUGAUUUAAUAUUUAUCUGCCAAAACUGAGAAGGGUGGCUGGUUCACAUCCAAAGCUCAAUAAAUAGCCAGUUCUGAUCACUACCCUCUUUAAAUUUAAGUGAUCAGACACACUGCAUUUAUGCUUUUUGAUUCUCUAUAAAGGUGUCUAUUGUGCAUGUAAGUGGUCAUGGGCUAUUGUGUAUGUAAGUGAGCCUGGGAUUUUAUUGAAGGUACAUAAUAUUUGAUAAUAUAUCCAUGAACUGAUCCUUAUGCUUACAGCUAUUGUAAUGUGUGUACAAAUCAAAGUAUAAUGCUCCCAUCCUGAAAUGAACUGAAGGCUUUCAUUUUCUCAUCUUGUCAGAGUGAUAAAUUGUCUCCAUUUAAUCUUUAAAAGAAGUCAAGAGUCUUUGAUUUUUUUACCUUUUCUCCCUUGUCUUUGUUGAUAGUGUAAACAUUCAAUUUCUCUUUCUAUUUCUAUCAUUUUUUUGGUGCUGUUUUUUUCAUCUGUUGCCUAUAAGAAUGGGAACACAGAUCGACUGUGUAAAUUCUGUAGCUCUGGUGAUUUAAAUACACAAGUAUUUAUUGCUUUUUUGGUCUCUAUUUAGUAAUGUGUACCGUAGAUCUCAUUGCUGUACAAGUGCUCAUCAUUUGUAAGUGCACCUAUGUUUCUUUUUUGAAUCAUCAAUUUUAUAGGGAAUUUCAAUGAUCUGUAUUGUGAUACAAGUUUGAUAUUCUUUAUUGUUAUGUUUAUAUUUUCCUUGAAAGUCUUCCUUUGGGCUUUUGUGUUUCAAUGGCCCCCUUGACUGGGAUAGUGAGGUUUAUCCUUCUAUGUACUCAGAACCGGUGACUCAACAUAGUGUGUGCUUCAUUCUGCUUGGAUUGUGUACCAAGCUCAGUUUUUACUUUGUGUGUAAAUUAAGAAACUGAAUAUCUAGUCUUUGCCUUGUAAUGGAAAUCAUGACCUCAUCAACACAGUAUUCAUGUUAAUAUGCAUCCUCACGUUUUGUCAAAUUCGUAGCUAUCAUUCUUUUAGUAUAAAUCAAACUGCUUCUUUGUUGAAGUUAUUUUAAUAGGGUACACUUGAAGUUUUAACGAUAAUGUCAUUUUCCUUUGUUCCAAAGCUAGCAUUGUUCAGAUUUAUUGAAGUUUAGACAUUUUGAAUGCAUGUACUUGUAUAGUAACUCAUAUUUAGAUGGUUUUAUGAUAUGCGCAAAGUGAAAGUUCCACCGGCGUUGUCUGUGAUGUAGCAAUUAGAUUCUUUGCCCCGCAUGCAAGAGUGAUUUUGUUCCCUUCAUGAAGGAGAUAUUUUAUUUAGUUUGUCUGCUUUUUUGGCUCUGGGAUUAAUCUAAUACAGGCCAAAUUGGCCCCUGACAACAAUCUGCCUUCUGUGUGAUCUUGAUUGAGUUGAUGGGGAAUAUAAGACAUUUACAACAAAUUGUGAGUGAAACUUUUAAAAUGAAAUUAUUGCUUGAAGUUCAUAUGAAAAGUUUUAUCUUAAAAAAAAACUUAUACUGCCUCGUGUUCUCUUAAAAACCAUUUGCUCACUGCUGUGGCUGUGCUGAGCUCGAAAUGAAGCAAUCUAUGAAAGUUCAGGGUUUAAAUUGAAUUUGGGUUAGAUUUUUUUUCAUCUGUUUGGCAGAAUAUUUUUAUUCCUAGCCCAUUGUUCUGGUGAGGGAUAGAGUGUUCCAACUUCGUAUGUAUUGACCUGUCAUAUGAAUGUUAGAGUACUACGAGUUUCCUUGUACACCUUACUCAAUACUAUCAUGGUAACUGGACCUUGUUUUGUCUUGGUAAUGAUAAUACAAUCGAUUUCUUUUCUCUUUUAUGCCAUUUUGAUCCCUGCUUCCAAGGGCACGUUCAUGUCACAGAAUAAUGUGUUUCAAGUAGUUUUUAUUGUUUGUCAGCUUGAUUGUUGAGGAAAUUUUCAUGUUUAGUUGUUGUGGAGAUUAUUAAAUGAACCUUUUGUACAUUUUUCCUCUUUAGCGGGAGGAGCGACCCUCAGUUUGGCCGAUUUUGGGUCAAGCUAUGCAAAUUGAGAUUUUUUUUUUUAGUAGAGGUUUUGUGGCGCUCGCAACUGUUGAGAUGUUAGCUAAUUUUUAAAGAUCAAUCAGUUCUUUGUCUAAAAAUAGCAAGGAGACAAUUGAGAAAGUCUUUAUUCUCUUCGUAUAUUGCCCUUGAGAACAUGAGGGUGGGUUAAUGAUUGUUGUUUUUCUCAAAAUGCCUUUUUUUUUGGUGCAGUUUUUCCCCUACUCCUUCCUUAGCUUUCAUCCUUUUGACACGAAACUUUCAGGAAACAUAGAAUGCAAGGCGGCCAUCACAAUGUGACAGAGAGAUUUUUGCGAAAAAGUAACACUUUUUCAUUGGCAAGCGAUUUUUCGCUACCAAACUUUAGAAACGGUUUCUAUACUUUGGGAAAAUUCUUUUUUUUUCUUUUACACAAUAUCGAAAAAACACUGGCUGUUACGUUGAUAGGGACUGGUCCAGGUAUACUCUCAUCAAAUUUGGUAAAAUUUGGUUGGUAAAUAAGAAAGCCUUAUAAAUGGAUAUGAAAUUUCAAUGUUUAUUUUCAAGAUGACGACCGUUUCCCUAGCCACCGCUGUAGCCAUGCAAAAAUGAAAUUGUGUUUCAAAAGAUUUUUAUAUGCCUAAUAUAUGUGUACCUAGAUUUGAUCUCUGGCAACAAACAUAGAAAAUAGACCUCGCGGGUCUCUUCUCCCGUUAAAGGAUUUACUUUUGAAAAGUGGUCUUCACAACAAAACAGAUCGAUUCAAAUUUACAUUGUUUUAAAAACAUGUGGAAGUUACAUAUAAACUGUAAUGAUUGUUAAAACCAGACUGAUACAUGAAAAUUUGUGUAUAACUUUUGUUCCUAUUUGAAAAAAAUAAAGGAAGCUCCAUAUAUUCAUGGUAUCGUUGUGAGAGAAUUGAUGUAAACUGUAAACACACAUACAUGCUCCCCAUGAGGUAGCUUACGUCUAUAGCUGUGUGUAUUAUGAAAAAUUCACCUCAUUGUGCACCUCUGAACUCGAAAGCAUUGAUCUUUUCCUUUUAUUUGACUCUCAGUUUUGUCAGAGUAGUUAUCCUCCUUUUUAUAUCUGUCUUCCAAAGGGUUCUUUGGUGCUUUGAUUAGUGUGUAUGUUGGAACUGUGAGGCUGUAUGCCUUGCACACAAAGACAUAAGUACUGUUCUCAGUUUGGUUUCUUCAAGUAUCUCUGCCUGUCCUAUAAUGGGAUGUAUCCCACACCGCUUGAAUUGGCUGUGAAGGGGCGGGGUUGAAACAGCUGUUAACCUCUUGCACUGUCUAAAAUGAUCGAUCAAAGCAUAAAAUAUUUUGUAGGCAUCCGGCUAAAAUGUAUACUUGUCAGUGUUUUAAAAACUUUAUUCUUCUUGAAUGAAGGCUGCAGAGUAGUAAUUAUUCACAAUGUAUGUAUGGGUAAUUUCAAGCACCUCUGUGAACUGAAUUAAUUCUGUUUCCUCCAGUUUCUCAGUUUCUUAUGUGAUCUGAUUCUGUGUUCACAGUGGAGUGCUUUGACAGAAUUGCUUUUUCUCCGACUUUUUCAUCAGUCCAGUGCCAUUUUUCUUAUUUCAUAACAAGAUUCUUUCAGAUGCACAGCGUCAUGCAUUUUCAGUGCAAAAUGAUUUGCUUUUAUUUUUGUCUUAAAGUCAUAGUGUUUGAACAGAUGCACCUUUGUUAAGGUUGUGCAUUUUCUUUUACCUCAGUGGUUUAGUAAUGACUUGAUUAUAUUACUAUUUCAAAACCUGUCCUGAGUGUAUGUGUCCCUGUGAAUGAUUCAUUUGACUGUUCAGUUCAAGAAACCCAUUUGUCACAUUUUUUAAAAACCUUUUUUUUUUGCUUUCCCAUGGCCAGAGAUCUUUUUCUGUCACAUACCUUUUUGAUGUGAGGAUUGGGCUGUAAACAACUUAUUUAUAGACCAAUCCUCACAUCGGUGUUAAGGAGAAAGAUCAGCGGCUAUGGAAAAGCAAAAAAAAAAAAGUUGAUAUUAGAAAAAUGUGGCUUACAGGUUUCCUGAACUGAACCUUUGAAUUGAAGUCAUGGAAUGUUAGUGAGCUGUGGUUACACUUUAUGAUGCGCUUUUAUUGCUUUACCUGAAUAUCAAAACAGACUGAGAUGAGAUUUUAUUUCAUUCAUGUGUUGAUGAGAUUCUGUUCUAUCCAUGCAUUAUUUUCAAAAGGGUUUCCAUCUCAGGUUUCUUAGAGCAGUUUUUGUAAUUGAUGUUAGGAGAUUGUCAUAUGCGUCUGUCAGUUUUCUGUUUUGGGAUUGUUAUAUGCAUCGGAAUACAGACUUCUCGUAUUGUGAAACCUGUUGUGAUCUUAAUUGAUGCUUUAGUCUUCUCUCAUUCCUGUCCUGCCUUUCUUUUCAACAAUAAUGUCUAGACAGGAUGAACAGAGGGUAAAGUAAAAGAAUAAAAUAUCUGUAAAAUGUGAGACCUAGUUUUGGUCAUCUGUGACCUUUGCUGUAGAAUCAGAGGGCUCUGGUGACAAAAACCCAAGUUAAAAAUUUUCUUUUACUUCAAACUUGUUGAUUUCCUUACUUGACUUGACAGUGCUGUGAAAGACAUUUGUCACAUCUGCUAAAAAUUGAAUUCCUUCCAAGACUCCGAAUGUAUCUUUCUUGAAACUAUGAUUUUUUCCAGAUGUGUCCUUUUUGAUUUUGCCUGCAAAAUGGAGACAUUGUUUUCUGUUGUAUGUGUGUCUUGGUUUUAAAGUAAAAUGCACAUAUUUGACACUUUUAAAGAUAAUGCACAUUAAUGCCGGUGAUGCUAGAGUCAUGUUGUGCAUAUAUGUUGCUGACAUUGUCUUGAAAUUAAGAUUGUAUGCAACCACUUGAGGUAAAAGAUUCUUUUUCCCCAUGUACAUAUUGUACCAGUAGUGACCCUGUUUGGGUUGUUAUUAGAUAGUCUGUUUAUAAUAUUGUUAUUUGUACAUAGAAAUUCAUUCUAAACAUAAAAGAAGGCAUAAAGUUAC